AUGGGUUGGUUUUGGGCAGACGAAGCUCCCGCUGUUGCGGUUCCUGCUGGUCAUCCAGCGACUACCAACAAGGCUCCUCCACCCGGUUGUCCUAUGCACCAAAAGUCGGCCGACGCUUUGAAUCCUACUGCCAAACCCAAGCCUGCCCAGAUCCCGUCUACUUCAGGAUGCCCUGUCCCUCACAGUGCCCGAAACGAGGAGCAGCCCAAGUCUCUGAUCUCCCAGCUCAACCCUCUCAACUACAUGUUCCCCGAUCUCUCCCAGAAGCCUGCGCCUAACCAGGAAUUCGCUUUGCCGACUAGCCGAGAUGAGUCAACCAUUCCCAAGGGCUCUGGUGAUGGCAACUGGGAGUACCCUUCACCUCAGCAAAUGUACAAUGCGCUCCUGCGCAAGGGUUACACUGAUACCGAUAUUACUGCCGUCGAGGGCAUGGUUUCGGUGCACAACUUCCUGAAUGAGGGCGCAUGGCAGGAAAUUCUUGGUUGGGAGCAACGAUUUGCGCGGGGUCUCUACAAGGGCUGGCAAAUCUGCAAGAGAGGCGAAGGCCAUGUUCCAGAGGAGCUGAACAAGCACUGGGAUGGCGUUGAUACUGAGCCAAGCCUUAUUCGAUUCCAGGGUCGGCCUAAGGAGCUCACUCCCAAGGCUUAUAUGAUGCAGGUCUUGGGCUGGGUUUACCCCUCCAAGUAUGGCACCGAGCCCCCUUUCGACCGACACGACUGGUACGUCGGACGAGAGGUCAACGGACAGAAGAAGGAGAUUCGAUACAUCAUCGACUACUACUCUGGCGAGCCUGAGGCUGACGGCGAGCCUGUUUUCUUCCUCGACGUGCGUCCCGCUGCUACUCCUUUGGGCUCGGCUGAGCGUAUUAUCCGCUGGAGUACCGAUACUUGGUGGAAGGCCAUUGGGGGUGACAGGCACGAGCAGGACCCUCAGCCUUGGUUCCGGGGCUCUUCGUAA